AUGGCCGCCACCAAGGCCGGUGUCCUUCUUGUCCUCGCUGCCCUAAUCUCCUGCCAUGCUCUCACGGGCAGCGCGCAGCAGAUAGGUGGCACCUGUCACCUGUCGGACAUCAAGGUCUCGCAGGAGAAGACGGGGAAGGUCGUGCAGGGGCAGCCGGAGUACCGGGUGACCUUCGAGAACCUGUGCGAGUGCCCGCAGGACUACGUCGACGUGCGCUGCAACCGCCUGCCCAGCGUCGAACCCAUCGACAGCAAGCGGAUCAAGGUGAUGGAUGAGCUCUGCAUGCUGGCCACGACCCUGUUCCAGGGGUCCAAGAUCUCCUUCACCUACGCCUGGAAGACGCCGCAGAACUUCACCGUCGUCAGCGCAACUUCGCGGUGCGGCGAGGGGAAUGGUCCAAGGGUCUAGGCUAGGGGUGCCUGGAAAGGAACAAUUAGCAAUUGUUGACGUUCCUUGUGUGAUUUCAAUCCUGCUUGUUAUCCUCCUAGCGUUAGUGUUCUUAAUAAAAUCGCUACACAAACUCUAGGGAAUGGAAAGAGUAGCUUGGGUACCUGUAUCGGCCUGUAGAACAUUUAAGCAGUUAUUAUACA